AUGUGGAAACCACACGCUUUUGUCCGUUCACUCUCCCUCCUACAUUUUCUUUUUCAUCUCCACUCGGUGCUGCCUCUGGUCUCUGCAAAAGGAUCCAACACAACCACUUGGAACACUCUCUCUGUUCCUUUGCUCUUCAUUGUUGAGUUCGAGAAAUCUGUUUUUGAAUACGGAAAUCCACCGUUGGUCAUAGCUCGUGGUGGUUUUUCAGGGUUAUUUCCUGAUUCCAGUAGUAAUGCCUAUAAAUUUGCAGUACAAGCUAGUUUUAAAAAUGUCAUUUUAUGGUGUGAUGUGCAGCUAACGAAAGAUGCGCAGGGGAUCUGCAUCCCAAACAUCAAGCUCGAAAAUGCUACUGAUAUUGAUAAAAUUUUUGAAAAUAAUAGAACCAAUUACAUAGUUAAUGGUGUACCAACCAAUGGCUACUUUUCUGUGGACUACACCCUCAAGAAGCUGCGUUCCAAUGUCAUGUUGAUUCAGGGAGAUUUCACUCGAUCAAGCAGUUUUGAUAACACUGUCUUUGAAAUUCUUACUGUGGAUGAUGUGGUUACAACAGCAGCACCGCCAGGAUUGUGGUUGAAUAUACAGCAUGAUUCAUUCUACACACAGCACAAUCUGAGUAUGAAAAGCUUCGUACUUUCUGUUUUCAAAACAGUAAAUGUCAGUUACAUCUCAUCACCUGAAGCUGGUUUCCUGAGAAGUAUAAAGGCAGACAUCAACCCAAAAAUAACAAAACUGGUCUUUAGGUUUAUGGGAAAAGAUGAUGUAGAUCCAUCAACCAAACAGACUUAUGGUUCGCUGUUAAAAAAUCUAACAUCUAUCAAGACAUUUGCUUCAGGAAUUCUUGUUCCCAAAGAUUACAUAUGGCCUGUGGAUCCAAUAAGUCAUUAUCUGCAUCCACAUACAUCUUUGGUCUCCGAUGCGCACAAAGUGGGGCUGGAAGUCUUUGCUUCAACUUUUCUGAAUGAUAUUCCAAUCAGCUAUGAUUACAGUUAUGACCCUGUUGCCGAACACCUGAGUUUCAUUGACAAUGGAAACUUCUCUGUUGAUGGUGUGUUGUCUGACUUCCCCCUAACAUCAUCUGCAGCUAUAGACUGCUUUGCUCACAUAGACAAUGCUCCAAAGAAAGUUAACACUUUGGUCAUCUCAAAAUAUGGAGCAAGUGGAGAUUAUCCUCCUUGUACCAACUUAGCAUAUGAAAAAGCUAUUUCAGAUGGUGCGGAUGUUAUUGACUGUCCUGUUCAGAUGUCGAAAGAUGGAAUACCAUUUUGCUUACGAUCUAUUGAUCUUCGCGAGAGCACAACUGUCGAUCAAACAAUUUUCAGCAAACUUAGCAAAUCUAUCCCCGAGAUCAAAUCUGACGAGGGAAUAUAUACAUUCGACUUGGAAUGGAAUAAUAUAACAAGCUUGACCCCCACAAUGCUGAACCUGUUUAAUAACUUCCAACUAUAUAGAAACCCAAGAUAUAACAGAAACGUGUCAUUGUUAACAUUGUCAGAGUUCUUGAACUUGACAAAAGGUCAUACUUCCCUAUCAGGUGUUGUGAUCAUCAUUGAGAAUGCACCCUAUCUUGCAAGGAAUCAAAACUUAAGCGUGAUUGAUGCAGUCAUUGAUACUUUGAGCAAAGGAGGUUAUGAUAAACUAGGGACUCCAAACGUUAUGAUUCAGUCCACUGAUAGUUCUGUACUACUGAAAUUCAAGGAGAAAACCAAGUAUGAACUUGUCUACACGAUUGAUGAGGUAGUUAGUGAUGUUGUGGAUUCAGCUAUUUCCGAUAUCAAAAGUUUUGCUCAUGCUGUACUUCUCAAAAAGGUCUGUGUGUACCCGAAUAAUGAAGAAUUCCUCCUGACUGGCUCUACAAAGAUUGUGCCGAAGUUCAAAUCUUCUAAUCUCUCCGUUUACGUACGAACAUUCCACAACGAGUUUGUAUCUCAGGCAUAUGAUUUCUUAUCAGAUGCAACUGUGGAGAUCAACACGUUUGUUCAGGGUGCUGGAAUUGAUGGUGUCAUCACAGACUUCCCACAAACAGCCAAUAGAUACAGAAGGAACAGAUGCUUAAAUUUGGGUAACAGCACACCUCCUUACAUGAAACCAAUUGAAGUAGGUGGCCUUUUACAACUCGUAGACAAAUCUUCCUUACCACCAGCUAUGGCUCCAGCCCCUACCCUGACUGAAGCUGAUGUUACAGAACCCCCUUUGCCUCCUUUUUCUAAAAUAGCCCCAUCUAGCCCUUUUGCUGGAGCUGGACCUGGACCAGAGGCACAACCACCACAAAAUGCACAGGCAAAGGUUGAUGUCUGCUUCUUCAUGUCCUCUCUGACUGUGCUUGUAGCUUCUCUUCUACUUUGA